UUGUUUCUCCGUUUCCUACAUUUGGGGGUGGUGUGGGGUCUUUCUACCGAGAGAACUCCAUCAAGAAAGCAGAGAGAGAGAGAGAGAGAGUCGUCUCGUUCAUAAUCAAACCCCCAAGAAUUGAAGAUCUGAAUUAACUUUGUACUCUGAUAGGAUCACACGUACAGAUACACAGAGAAAGAAAGAGAGAGAGAGAGAUACAGACACUUCGAUUUGAUUGUAUCUCUCUUUUCUUUUAUUUUAUUUUCUUUUUCUGCUGUUUUUCCUUUCUGUCUGUGGGAAUAAGAUCUUCUCGUCAUUCUCCUCAUGCAAUGUCUGCGUCCUGUCCACCACUGUCAUAAAAGAAACCCUCAGAUUUCCUUUCUUGUUUCUCUCCUUUUUUUCCCGGGAGUUUUUCUUCUUCUCCAACAUUAAAAGCACUUAAUUUUAAUUCUAGAACGCCUGUUUUUAAAUGAUUGGUAUUUCUUUUAUGCGUUUGGGAUAUUGAAGCUAGGGUUUUCUUUUUCUUUUCUUUUCUUCCUCUUCUUUAUGUAAGUGGGUAUUGUGCUUGACAUUUUUGGUGGUUGGACUUUCUAGGGUUUGGUUACAUCUUCAGUGGGAGAAAACCUAAUUCUGUUCAUUCUAAUAAAAUACCAUUAGGGCUACCGGCGGAGGAUUAGAGAUUGUAUAUACAAGGACUUUGGGGAUUAUAUUGUACAGCUUGGUUUCAAUUGUUGCUGGAAGCGGGAAGUGUGGGUUCAGUGGCUUUUAUUCUGAGUUCGAACAUUGAAUCUGCGAGAUUGGAUAUUGGGGAUUGCCUCUGAACACGAACCAAUAGAUGCCUUGAGUUAUAUAUUCUUCAUGGUUUUGAGGCACUGGGAAUUCAUCUCUAUUUCAAGGUGAUUGUAUUUUAUUGGCCUAGUGAGAAACACAGGUCGACUGAUUGGGAAUUACUAAAUUUGUCGACAAAGCCGAUCUAGUGGACGGAUCUUGAUCGAAUAUAAUCUGGCUAGAGACAGUUGAGCUGAUUCAGUAUUUAUUACAGUGGAGUUUUGGGCUUUUGAGUCUAGCGGCUACUUUUGUCUUGGGGGUUUGAUUACUUCGUAGAGUCAGAGAAGUUCUAUUGUUAUAGAGGGCAGAAACUGGUCUGCAACGGUGAUUUUGAAGGGUCAUGAAAGAGCUUUUUUGAGCUGGAAAUGAGUGCAGGGUCAUGUUGCAUGGGCAGGGGCCUAGUUUCUGCUUCGUUCCUUUGUUUGAAAAACAGUCCUGGAAGCUAGGAGAAGCAGUUUUGCUGGCAAAAGUAUACCAUAUUUUUGUUUCAAGGAUCGCGUGCAAUGUCUCGCUGCUUUCCAUUUCCACCUCCAGGAUAUGAAAAGAGGGCUAGAAUUGAUGAUACAGACCUACUAACGAAGGUUUAUAUAUCAUCUUUUCUAUUAACUGCCGUUGUUAGCUUGAGUUAGGUUCAUUCCUCCUUGGCUCUUGCUUAUAUGGCUUUUAUGCGUUCAUGUCUGUAUUGAAUUGUAUGAUGGUAUCAAUAAGCUUUGACACAGGGAACUUUGAAUCUUCUGUUAGUAUGUUUAGCGGAGGAAGUUUUAGGGGGAUUAUGGAAAUACAUAAAAAAUUUCUGAAGACCAACUUGGAAUCUGACUGGUUUAGGAAGAACAAUCCUGCUUGGUUAAUCAUAAACUAAAGGGUAACUUCAAGAUCUUACAAAUGUAUCCAUCUUCUUCGGAGAUAUGCUACCGUUGCGACAUAUUUAGGACCACAUUUCACCAGACAAUGUUUGGAUGUCCUCAUGUGUUCCAUAUAUGCUGGCAAUCAGUAUACAUACCAUUUUUUCUAACUCUUGCUUACUAAUGGCUUCUCUGAUGUCUAUUCCUCCUUCCCGGACUGCAUUAUAUGUUGUAACUUCGAAGUGUUUGUAGUUCUCUUCUCGAUCGGAAAACAGGAAAACAAGUGUGCUGGUGCAGGACCUGUAUAGUUAAUAUGAAUAGGCAUAGCCCAAGUACACAAGAUGGUACACAAAAGGAGAAGCGCAAGGAGAAAAAGCAUAAAAAGGAUAAGAAGGGCAGCAGAAAGAGAGAAGGUAAAGAGAAGGAGAAUGAGAAUAAUAAGGAAAAACAUAGUGACAAGAAAAACCAAAAGCAAAAGCACAAAGACAAGUACAGGGAUAGAGAUAAAGUGAAAAACCUGACUUCAGAUGAGAAGAGUUUUGCAGGGCAACCAGAGAGCUGUAAAGGAGAGAGGCCUGUUCACAAUCUGCUGAAUGGUGAGAUUAAACAUGUGCAGGAGUUGGCCAGGAGAAUCAAGGAUGAAGAAAGAGCAACCGAAAAUCCAAUGGUUCAGAAGAUUACUGUUACAGGCCAAAGGAAAUCUGAAUUUCCGAGCAGGGUGGUGGAGGGCAAUGUUGCCCAUUGGGACGAAGGAAAAGGGAAAACUAAGGAAGAGAAAGAAAAUGGCAGGAAGGCCAAUGGACAAAGAAACCAUGUUGAUACAAAAAGUUUGGAGAAUGGAAUUGAUGAAAACUUGUCUGUUCUGCAUCACCGGAAAGUUGAAGGAAUUGCAAAGCUAAUGGAGAAGGAUGUUGAGAAGUUAAAGGAUGGGAAAGAGAAGAACAAGCACAAGAAAAGUAAGGGUGAUAAACCUAGGGAUAAAGAUCGAGAAAAGAAAAGCAAAUCAAAGGAUAAGAACAGGGCAAAAGAAAAGAAAAGGGAGGAGAAAGUGAAGGAGAUAAGUGAACAGAGUAAACAGCUGCCUAAAUUGGAAGACAGUGACUCCCUCGAUACAUGCAAUACUAAGCCAUCAGACCUUCCAGGAAUGAUGGGGAAGAGUUCUUUUGGUGUGGGAAAUCUCGGAAAACGUAAGGAGCUUGUCAAAAAUGGGCUUACACUUGACAAUGGUAUUCGGCCUCAAAAGUUGCUGAGACCCAUCUGCUCCUCUCAUCCUGUCCUGGAAAAUGGAAGGAAGUUGGAACCAUGCCAAAAUACUAGUCAGGUAACAUGUGAGAGGCAGGGGGGUGCCAAUAAUCUUCUGCUGGACAUCAAGGAGCACAAGAGUAAUGGUUUGGUAGAGCUGCAAAGACCUAAUGCAUGUUCAGUGAGGUCUUCAUCCACCCUAAAAGUCUAUGAGAAUGGUGAAGCAUCUACAAAACCACCUUUGGUCGGGACACAAAGACCAAAUGCAUGUUCAAUAAGUUCAUCUCCUCCUGUACAAGUUCAUAAUAAUGGUGGAGCACCUACAAAAUCACCACAUCCGGACUCCAAGUACCUGAUUCAGAUACUUUCUAUACCGAAAAUGGAAGAGUGGUCUGAUAUUGGUGACCAGGAAUGGCUGUUUGGCGGCAAUUGUCUACAAUCAGAGAAACCAAAGGCAGGCUCUCUUCAAGGCUCUCUUCAGGUCGAAGAGGCACACCAUGUGUGGGCAGAAGCUUUGCAGAUGGGGUCUGCUGAUGUUUAUGCUCUGCCAUAUGUCAUUCCAUAUUAAUCGAUGUUAGUUGAAUAUGACUUGGACUUUGAUCGCCCCUUAGUGAGGCUCCUACUCCAAUGGGCUCUCUGCGGACGUGUUAUAGCAUAUGGCUUCUGGUGUUCAUUGGGCCUUUUAUGGACUUGUGCUUGCUUAUGAGAACUGCCUUCAGAUUUCUUUUGGAAGAGACGUCACCCAGCACAUUCUUUUGGAAGAGACGUCACCCAAGUGUGCUGGGUACAGGAAUAUGUCAAUAUGAAAUGCUUCUAUGAAAGUUUUGUUACCUUAGAGUUUGGAAAUUUAAUACAAAUGCGAAUUGCAAGGUUA